AGCCCCGUCAAGAAGCCCGAGGAGAUGAGCCCCGAAGAGCAGCAGCGCCCGAACGGGGCGGCCGCGGGGCCGCUGAGCCCCAGCUUGGACGAGCGCGACUUCGGGGACAUCACGGAGCUGCCCGUCGUGGUGGCCAAGGGCGGGGCGGGCAUGAAGCACGCCGAGUCCAUCAUGUCCUUCCACAUCGACCUGGGGCCCUCCAUGCUCGGGGACGUCCUGAGCAUCAUGGAUAAGGAUCAGUGGGAGCAGGACGAAGACCCCGAGGCAGAGGAGAGCCACGAGGAGGAGGGGGAGGCCGCCCUGCCCGGCUCCCCGGUGGUGGCGGUGGUGGCCCCGCCGAGCCAGAGCCCGGCCCGUGGGCCCAGGGACAGCAGUCCAGCAUCCAGCUGCACCUCGGGGCCCGAGGAGCGCAGCCCUGUCCCCAGGCCACCGAGCCAGCGGGGGGGGCCCCCAAAACGCCCCGACAGGGAGUUCUCGUUUGCUGAUGAAGAUGAUGAUGAGAUACGAGUAUAAAGGAGGGCGACCAAGCCGAGGGUCUGGUUCUCACUGCGGUUCUUGGACAUGGGGCUGAACACCCCGGUGCUGCAACGGUGGCACCAGGGAAGACGUGACUCCUCCCUCCUUCCCUCUCCCUGUGCCAUGGCAGGACAGUGAUCUGCUCCCAGGGCCAGUCUGCUCCCAGGGCUGGGGGCAUUCCCGACAUCUCUCAGCACUUCCUGGGAGGGGAAGGCAGACUCAGUUUUGGUUCUUUCUGUUGGACUUUGGAUAUUAGCUCUUCUCUCCUGCCCCCCUGCCCACGUAAAGCAAUUUAGGAUCCAACAGGACGAGCCUUUGGAGUUCUAGCCCCUGUAGUAAUAUAUAUAUUUUUUCCUGCCGUACGGUUUUUACUGUUUUCUGAUUUGUACUUAACUUUCUUUACUCUCGCUUUUGGUUUUAACGGAGGGGAGAUUUCCCGUGAGGAAGAACUUGGCUCUGGAGCUCAGAGGUGGCCCAGGACUGUGGGCAGCUUCACCUCCUUGGGUUUCUUGUGGACUUUCUGCAGACCAAGAGCCUCCAGCCCUGUGCCAAGGCAGGUGCUCGGAUGCAUGGAUGGAUGGAUGGAUCCAUCCCAGAUGCUUGACCCUCCAACCAGCCUGGGGGUCACAGGGAUGCCCCCAGCCAGCCCAGGCACCGGCUGCUCCUGGGGGUGCUGAUGGAAGUGUGGGUCUGUCCCCCCUGGGAGGAGCACCUGGAAGCCCCCUGAGCCAGGGAGCCCCGAUGUCCCGGUGCUGUGGGGCCGGUGGGGCCGGGCAGUGCCAACACUGGGCUGGUGCAGGCAGCUGGAACAGGAGGUUUUAUACCAUGUAUGUACAGAUGCAAAGAAUAAAAGGAAAUGGUAGUGACUGCAA